GUGCCAUAAAUGACUGGUGCUUGCAGGGAAACGCCUAAACUCACCACCUGAUCCUUACUGGGAGUACAACAAGGCAAAAACCAGAGGCUUUUUCCCCUUGGAGAAUCUGUCAGUAAAUACAGAAAGGGGAAAAGAACUCAGUCAUGGUGGUCUUAAGACAGGGAGAUUACGUGUGGGUGGACACUAGCACAGGUGUGCCAAUCGGUGCUGAGGUCAGAAUCUCAGAAUCGGGCCAAAUUCAGCUUAUAGAUGAUGAAGGAAAGGAGCACAAGGUCAAGAAACAGGAUAGCUCCCUGAAGCACAUGCACGCUUCAUCCAUUAAUGGCGUAGAUGACAUGAUUCGACUUGGAGACCUCAACGAGGCUGGUCUGCUCAGGAACCUUCUGAUUCGCCACAGGGAGGGAAUCAUUUAUACAUUCACAGGAUCCAUUCUGGUGGCGGUGAACCCGUACCAGCUGCUUCCACUCUACACUCCAGAGCAGGUGCAGCUGUACACUAACCGCCGUCUAGGUGAACUGCCCCCUCAUGUGUUCGCCAUUGCAGACAGCUGCUUCUUUAACAUGCGCCGCAGUCACCGAGACCAGUGCUGCAUCAUCAGUGGGGAGUCUGGUGCAGGGAAGACAGAGAGCACCAAACUGAUGCUGCAGUUCCUGGCAGCAGUAAGUGGACAGCGAUCAUGGAUAGAGCAACAGAUCCUUGAAGCCAAUCCCAUACUGGAAGCCUUUGGUAAUGCAAAGACCAUUCGCAAUGAUAACUCAAGUCGCUUUGGGAAGUACAUUGAUAUCCAGUUCAGUAAGGGGGGAGUGAUUGAAGGAGCCCGCAUUGAACAGUAUCUGCUGGAGAAAUCACGUGUCUGCCGCCAGGCUGAAGAGGAGAGGAACUACCAUAUUUUCUACUACAUGCUAAUAGGCAUGCAGGCUGAACAGAAGAAAAUUUUGUCUCUGGGUAAUGCUGUGGAGUACAAGUACCUGACCAUGGGCAAGUGCACUUCCUGUGAGGGGCGGGAUGAUAUAAAGGAAUACGCCCACUUCCGCUCAGCCAUGAAGAUCUUAACAUUCACAGAGAAUGAUUCUUGGGAAAUUCACAAGCUGCUUGCUGCCAUCCUCCACCUGGGUAACAUGGAUUUUGAAGCCAUCAUUUCAAAUAAUCUGGAAGGUUGUGAUGUUAUCUCCUCCACCCAUUUCAACAUGGCUGCUCAGUUGAUGGAGGUAGACAUAAAGACUCUAGAUGUAAGUUUGACUCAAAGGUCCUUCAUGACUAACAGAGAGAGUGUAUCUAAACCUCUGUCUUCAGAUCAAGCAAGUAAUGGCAGGGAUGCCUUUGUAAAGGCCAUCUAUGGAAGACUGUUUGUGUGGAUUGUGGAGAAAAUCAACAGUGCCAUUUUCAAGCCACCAUCGGAGUCCAGCGAUACCCGUCACUCAGUAGGCUUACUGGACAUCUUUGGAUUUGAAAACUUCACACAAAACAGCUUUGAACAGCUGUGCAUUAACUUUGCCAACGAGCAGCUACAGCAGUUCUUUGUGAAGCAUGUAUUUAAGAUGGAACAGGAGGAGUAUGCCCACGAGAACAUUAUCUGGAAACAUAUCGACUACAUCGAUAACCAGGGAACCCUCGAUUUGCUGGCCGGCAAACCUCUCAACAUUCUUUCUCUUAUUGAUGAGGAGAGUCAGUUCCCUAAGGGCACAGAUACUACCUUGCUGCAGAAGAUGUAUAAGUGUCAUGAGAAAUGCAAAGUCUACAUCCCGCCAAAGAACAGUUAUGAAACGAAAUUUGGAAUCAAACAUUUUGCUGGGUCCGUUUUUUAUGAUUCAAAAGGUUUUCUGGAAAAGAACCGGGAUGCUCUUAGUUCAGAUCUCAUCCUGUUGGUGGAAAGUUCUACCAAUAAGCUCCUAAAACAAAUCUUCCACAGUGAUCUCUCUACUAAUGGGAAGAGCGGUGCCAACCCAAAAAUGAUGAUGUCUUCCAUGAGCUCUUUGCGGCAAAUGACAGACACUAAGAAGCGAGUGCCCACUUUAUGUGGACAGUUUCGUCAGUCCCUGGACUCUUUGAUGAAAACUCUGACUGCAUGCCAGCCUUACUUCAUCCGCUGCAUUAAACCGAAUGACUUUAAGAAACCCAUGCUGUUUGACAGAGAACUGUGUCUGCGCCAGCUGCGCUACUCGGGUAUGAUGGAGACCAUUCGCAUCAGGAAAGCUGGCUACCCAAUCCGUCACACCUUCCAACAAUUUCUGGAUCGAUAUCGUGUCCUGCUCAACUCUGUCAUAUGUGACCCCAAAACAGAGAGUGCCAAAGCAUGCUGUGAGAGUAUUUGUAAGAAUUCCCUUGGUACUGGUGAUGAAUGGAAAAUUGGCAAAACCAAAGUGUUUUUGAAGGAUUUCCACGAUACCAUGUUGGAGCUGAAACGGGAUACAGCCUUGAAUGAGAAAGUGCUUCUUAUCCAGAAAGUUUUAAGAGGAUACAAGCACAGGAAACAGUUUCUUAAAAAAAGGUCUGCUGCUGUGGUUGUGCAGAAGUAUUUUCGCGGACACAAAGGCAGACAACUCUAUAAAGUGGUCCAGUUGGGAUAUGCCCGUCUUCAGGCCAUUGUCCACUCUCGUCAGUUAGCACGCCAGUAUGAACUAGAGCGCAAGGCUACUUUGCUACUGCAGGGGAAGAUCCACACCUACUUUGCUAGGAAGGAGUGGAAACAAAAGAGAGCCGCUGUCAUCCUCCUACAGGCUCAUGUCAGAGGCAUGCGUGCCCGCAAAACUGUCCAGAAGAUGAAGAAUGAUGAAUUUUUGUCACUGCAGGAACGCAGGGCAGAAGAACUGGCUGCUUUGGAGAGACAGAGGAAGCUAGAGGAAAUUCUCCGUGAGAAAAGAGAGAAAGAUGCCGCUGAACAGUCUGAAUUAUUCAAUGAUCAGGAAAUGGUGGACACAAUCUUCGGCUUCCUGCCAAGCAUGGUGGGAGGGCAGGAGGGCCAGGCACCUUCAGGCUUUGAGGAUUUAGAUACAAAGCGGACUGUGAUGGAGGAAGUAGACCUGGAUGAAGCGCCUAUGAUGGAAGAACUUCCUGAGGAAGAUUAUGAUGAUCUGGAUGAAUACUCAUUCUCCAAGUUUGCAUCUAUGUACUUUCAAGGUGCCGCAACCCCCACCCACAUCCGCCAGAGACUGCGCCAACCACUGCUGUACCACGAAGAGGAAAAUGAUGUGGUGGCUUCUCUAACAGUAUGGUGGCUCAUCUUGAGGUUUAUGGGAGAUCUUCCUGAACCAAAAGCUCAGAAAGUCCCUACAAGCAGAUCAGCAUAUGCAGAUUACUCUCUACAGCAGGAUGUGGCAUCCAGGCAAGACAGACGUCUCAGCCACAUGGUUGGCCUUGACCAGAAACUGUUGAGGAGCAAAAGGAAAGACUCUUCAGUCCCAGAAGUACAGUCUCGGAGAAAGUCUUCAACAUUUACAGACAUACGGUCAGGAAAAAGAAAAACAUCAUCCAUUACAGAGGAAGCUGUACCAGCCCGAAAAGCUUCCUCCAUACCAUUGGAAGUUCCAAAAAACAGGAAGUCUUCUACCUUUGUUGAUCUGCUGACCCGGAACAGAAAGACAUCCACAAUUCCUGAGGGAGGGCCAUCAAUUAAGAAAACUUCCCGAAAACCAUCCAUCAUUGAGGAAGAGGCAGAGGAUGGCUCUGAAAUUUCCAAACCACCCACUGUACAAACUGUUAGUGAAGAAGAGGAGAACAGGAUUGAUGAAGGACUCACUCUGGACCGUCCACUCUCAGCUCUGGAAAAGUUGCAGAUCAUUGUAGGAUAUGGCAUUGUUAGACGUGACCUUAGAGAUGAGAUCUACUGUCAGAUUUGUAAGCAGCUCCAAGAGAAUGGGAAUCGCAGCAGCUUCUUCCGAGGCUGGAUCCUACUUUCUCUGUGCCUGGGCAUCUUCCCUCCCACUGAGCGCUUUAUUAAGUACCUGCAAAGCUUCAUUCGUCUUGGCCCUGUUGGAUAUGCUCCAUACUGUGCAGAAAGACUGAGGCGCACUGUGGCCAAUGGCUUACGUGGAGAGCCUCCCAGCUGGCUUGAGCUACAAGCCACCAAGACUAAAAAACCCAUAGUCAUUUCUGUGACUCUUAUGGAUGGGCGAACUCUCAGUCUGCCUGUGGACUCAGCGUCUACUUCUAAAGAGGUCUGCCAAAUUCUCUCACAGAAAGCUAAACUACAAGACACAUUUGGCUUUUCUCUUUAUGUAGCGGUUUUUGACAAGGUUUGGUCUCUCGGUAGUGGACGGGAGCAUGUGAUGGAUGCUAUAUCACAGUGUGAGCAGGAGGUGAAGAAGAAGGGUGGGCAGGAACAGCAUGCCCCUUGGCGUCUCUACUUCCGCAAAGAGAUAUUCACCCCCUGGCAUGACUGCAGCCUGGACAGCACCAGCACAGAGCUCAUCUACAGACAGGUCAUUAGAGGACUGAAGAAUGGCGAGUUCCAGGGUGAGAAGGAGGAUGUAAUCGUUCAGCUGGCCGCGAAGCAUUUCUUUGUAGAGUACCGCUCAGAUGACAGUAUGGAAAAGGCGAAGAGUGUUGUUCACGAUUGUGUGACCUCCAAACUACUGGAAGAAAAGUCAGUAGACAAAUGGAUUCAGAUGGUCCACACUGCACAUGUUGAGGGCCCAUAUAUAAAUUCGAAGACAAAAAUUGAUCACGUGAAAGCAGAAGUGGUGGAGUAUACACGGCAGAAGUGGCCAUUGUUCUUUUCAAAGUUCUUUGAAGUUUCCAGGAUUUCAGGUCCUUCCCUACCCAAGAACAAAUUUAUCUUGGCUAUCAACUGGACCGGAAUAACCUUCCUGGAUGAACGUGAGAGAAAAUUUCUAGAACUCUCCUUCCCAAUGGUGAAUGCCAUAAACACCAAGAGGAGCCAGACUGUGUGUCUGCUUACACUGAAAGGAGACUUCAUGCUAAACACAGCCAGUGCUGAAGAAAUUGUUGAGCUGAUGGUUCUAUUCCAGACUGGCCUAACAGAGCGCUCUCAGUAUGCCGUGGCCUUGCAGGAGGUCAACAGGCAAGAUGAUCCUACCUUUCUUAGUUUCAAAAAAGCAGAGCUUAUCCUCCUUAUUAAAGACAAUGAAUUUUCUUUCAACCAUUCCUGGGUGAAUGGACAGAAUGAGCGAACUGGACAAAAGGGGGCAGUGCCUAUGGAUGCCAUCUACAUUAUACCUACUUUGACCAAACCUUCUAAUGAAAUUCUGACUUUGCUCAGCAUGUCCCCAGAUCAGAGAAAAAAUAUUAUUAACGACUCUAUCAAAGGAACCAUUACAGACAAAGUACCUCUUGCGACACUUAAAGAUUUCUCCAUUGAGUACUUCAGACCUCCCACUAAAGAUGUGAAUAAGCAGGUGAUUUCUAAAAAUGUGGCACCUGAAAGGUUAUGGGCAAACUCCAGGGAACCCAUAAGACAGCCAUUGCUUAAGAGACUGCUGGGGAACCCAGAGCUUAGUCAUCAGGCCUGCCAGUCCUUUAUUGCAAUUCUAAAGUACAUGGGCGACUAUCCCACCAGACAAAUUCAGAAUCCACUGGAGCUCACAGACCAAAUCUUUGAACCUGCCUCUAAGAAUGAGGCACUUAGAGAUGAGAUCUACUGCCAGAUCAUGAAGCAGAUGACAAGCAACAACAAUCGGCACAGUGUGGAACAGGGUUGGCAGCUGCUAUGGCUGUGUUGUGGUUUGUUCCCCCCCAGUAAUUCACUGCUGAAACAUGCACAGCGCUUUCUGGAAACUCGGCGACGGGAGCCACUGGCUUCUGACUGCCUGCGUAGGCUGCAGAGUGCUCUCAGAAUGGAACCCAGGAAGCUUCCUCCCCACCAGGUUGAGCUGGAUGCCAUUCAACAGAAUGUUGUUAAGAUUUUCCACAAAAUAUCUUUCCCUAAUGACACACAGGAGUCAUUUGAAGUCACAACUAACACCAAGAUCCGCGAUCUGAUCAAAACUAUUUCUGAUGAACUCGGCCUGAUCUCAGGCGUUGGCUUCAGCAUCUUUGUAAAAACACCAGACAAGGUUCUGAGUUUGAAUGAUGCAGACUACUUUUUUGACAGUCUGAAACAGAUCACCAACUGGUCCAGAAAAACAAAGAUGGUGAAGGAUGGAGGACCAGUGAACAUUUCAUACGAGGUAUAUUUCAUGCGGAAAUUGUGGUUCAACGUAAUCCCUGGCAGAGACCUGGAAGCAGAUUGUAUCUUCCACUAUCCCCAGGAGUUGCCCAAGUAUCUACGCGGGUACCACCGCUGCACUAAAGAGGAAAUGGUGCAGCUGGCCGCGCUCCUCUUCAGGGUUAAAGUGAAAGAUGAUAAAUCUCAAUUUGUCAUGAUCACUAAGAUGCUGAAAGAGCUGGUUCCAAAUGAUCAGCUAAAAGCCAUGUCAGCUGAGGACUGGAAAAAGAACAUUAUUGCUACAUACAACAAACAGGCAAACAUGACAGCAGAGGAUGCUAUGGUGGCCUUCCUGAAGGUCAUCUUUAAGUGGCCUACAUUUGGCUGUGCAUUCUUUGAAGUGAAGCAAACAUCUGAGCCCAACUUCCCUGAUAUUGUGAGGCUUGCUAUCAACAAACAGGGGGUCACAAUCAUACACCCUAAAACUAAGGAAGUCCUAGCAAAACACCCGGUGAAUAUUAUUGCAAACUGGUGCAGUGGGAGCACAUACUUCCACAUGACUGUAGGCAAUCUGGUCAAAGGAAACAAGAUUCUGUGUGAAACCUCCCUGGGCUACAAAAUCGAUGAUUUGUUGACGUCCUACGUCAAUAUGUAUCUGAAUGAGAGCAAAGCAUCGAGAACCAGGAAUCAGCACUAACUGAAACCUGAACUGAGCUGAAAAAAUUAAUGAAUUUAUUUUAUUCUGCCAUAAACAUACACACUUUUACUUCCAGACCUUAUAUUUGCCAACAUGCUUAAUAUAAAUGUUAAAGGAUAGGUUUAGUCAUGAAAAGCCUCUUACUGAUUCCUGCAUUACAUUUCUAGGCUUUUCCUCUUCUGUUUACUGUUAAAUUGUGUUAAUUUUUUUUCCUGAUCAUUUAUUUAUUUAUAUCGAAAUGCAAAGAAUGAAGUUUCGAUACUUUAUAUGUCACCUCAAAUUGAUUUUAUCAUAGAAUUUGCUUAGACCAUGAUAUGAAGUAGUGAUCAUUUGAUUAUUUUGGUUUGUUUCGUUUUGCCAUGUUCAUUUCAUUGUAUUUGAAAUUUUAUUUUAAGGAAAGAGUUGCUUUGGUAAAAAUGGGCAAAUAAAAAGAACAUGACUCACUUUUUAUUGA